AUGGCUCCCACAUCAUCUUCCUCAUCCUUUCACCCUGCUCUUGUUGUUUCUAAUAUCAAGACACAUAUUCCCAUUACUCUUGAGAUGGAGAACGUUCAUCAUCAUAUUAUCCCACCGAAAUCUAAGGACGGGAAGGCCACAGAGCCGGCCACCCUUAGUCAGGAAGAUCAAGAGUUGUGGUAUACGUUGGAUGUUUUUGUGGUUCAAUGGACUUAUUCCACGAUUUCGACAGAUCUCUUGAAUACCAUUAUUGAAGCCGAUGUUUCUUCCAUGACUCUAUGGAAUCGUCUUCGCGAUUUGUUUAAGGGUAAUGAGAACUCUCGUGUCGUUUCCUUGGAACACGAGUUCAACAACACCUACUUGAAGGAUUUCUCCUAG